CCGAGAUGCGCAGAAGCGGACUACCGUAGAAGGUAUCAGCAAGAGGAAGAGGAUCGGGGGGCCAAAACAGCGAAUCUUGCAAGUCGAUGGCCUGCAGACGUAUCCCCCCAGCCAUGUUGCAUUGCCGAUAGGAUUCCAUGGAUCUGAGUUCAGGCAGCCUUGCGGAUCCGACGACCAGUCCUCGGUAGCGUGGGACUCUCAUCACCAGCAGCAAUACGCACACCAACCAUCCCAUUCAUAUUCAUCCCUCUCGUCUAAUGGACACUCGUCAUUCAUGAGAAGUGCCUCCAACGGUGCAUUUGAUGGAUCCGGGUACUAUUGGGAUACACAGCAUCACCAUCGCUAUCCUUCUCAGGCGCAGCCUUCGUACUUCCGGGAGGAGCAGCUUCAGUACUCGUCCGCUCUGCAGCAUGGACUCCCACUGCAGCAUCUCCAGUAUCAACCAUACCACCAGUCGUAUCACUGCCACGGGCCAACAUCUAUGGUUCACUCCAACACCAACACAUAUGUUCCCGAGACCGAUACAUGUUCAUCCACAGCCAUGGUCUCUAACACGACAACCACAACGGGUUUGUUCCCAGAGAUUCAGGGAUCGGCAGAGACAUCGUCGUCAGCCAUUCCAGCCGCCAUGUCACAUCUGUACCCGCCAAUUUACCCAUCAUCAGAGCCCUCGAGCGAGCCUCUGCAACGCGACGAUGUGGUUCCGAUCGAUUCUCAAGCGGGGGAGCAAGGGUUCAAACAUGUCGCGAACCCGAACGCGACAUCCUCUUCCCCGCUGGUACGCCCGCGAUUGUUUUCAUCGCCUCUUGUUCACAUGGGCGAUGAUGUUCUCAAGGAGGAAAGGAAGAAAGAUAGAUACGUUUCAAUUGAUACGGUCGGCACGACUGGCAGUGAGUUAUCGUCUGUGCAGGAUUAUGCGUCGGAUUAGGAGUAGAGGGAUCGAGUUGCCAUUGGCUCAUUUUUUGUGUAGGAGACGCGUCGGAAAAAAAAAAAAAAGAAA